AUGGGAUACGAAGAAAAACCAAAACUUGCCGGCUCGCCGGACUCGGGCUCCAUCGAAGAGGGUUACGCCGUUCACCCCGGCGCUGAGGACACGAGGCACGAUGCCGUCUUCGGCGACAUGGAAGAGGGAGGGCCCAACUUCCGUAACGUCGGAUGGAUGGGCGCAACCGUGCUCAUGAUCAAGUCGGCGUUCGGUCUCGGCGUCCUCUCGAUUCCAUUCGUCUUCCAAGCCGUCGGCAUUGUUCCCGGCAUUAUCCUGAUCAUUGUCGUCGAACUCAUCGUGACGUGGAGCGCAUUUGUCCUCGGUUCAUUCAAGCUCAACCACCGCGAAUGUUACUCUAUGGCCGACGUGGGGCGUAUUCUCGCCGGUCGAUGGGGAGAAGAAUUCUUCACAUUCGCCGUGUGUAUCUGCAUGCUCUUCUUCUCUGCCUCGGGUAUGGUCGGAGUCACGACCGCCUUCAACGCAGUCUCGACCCACGCGACCUGCACCGCCGUGUGGAUGGCUGUCGUCUUUGUCGUCUCCUUUGGUUUCGCUAGCAUCCGUACCCUUGGAAAGGUUACUUGGCUCGCUUGGCCCGCCUUCUUCUCCAUCCUCAGUGCUGUCCUCGUCAUGACCAUCGCCGUUGGCGUGCAGGACCGCCCGAACGACGCUCCCCAGGCCCCAGCGCCGUGGGAGAAGGACUUUAAGAUCUUCAACAAGACCGACUUUGUCGGCGGCAUCAGCGCCGUCGCCACCGUCCUCUUUGCUGCCGCCGGCACGCCCACCUACUUUGGCAUCAUCUCGGAGAUGCGCGAGCCGCGCCUGUACCACCGCGCCAUGCUCAUCAACCAGACCUUUGUCACUCUGAUCUACAUCGUCAUUGGCUCUGUUGUAUACUGGUUCUGCGGACAGUACGUUUCGCAGCCCUCGCUCGGUUCUGCGGGCCACGUCAUGAAGAAGAUCUGCUACGGCCUUGCAAUUCCCGGUCUCUUCUUCUCCGUCAUUCUCUGGGUCCACAUCCCCGCAAAAUUCAUCUUUGUUCGCCUCCUCCGUGGCAGCGACCACCUCACUAAGAACUCGGUCACCCACUGGGCUACCUGGCUCAUCUCGUCGUUUGCUUGCACGAUGAUCGCGUACCUUAUCGGCAGCGCCAUCCCUAUUCUUAACAGCAUCAUCAGCCUCGUCGGCGCCCUCAUCGCCCCCACCCUCUGCAUCACCCCCUUCGGCGCCAUGUGGCUGCACGACAACGUCAAGGGCCGCAACUGGCGUUCCCUCAGUACUUGGAAGCAGGCCCAGACCGCAUGGGCCAUCUUCAUCGUCCUCAUCGGCAUGUUCAUCACCAUUGCAGGCACUUAUGGUGCCGUUGUGACUAUUAUCCGGCAGCCGGGCGAGGGAUCGCCGUGGUCGUGCGCCGAUAACUCCAACUCGGUCUAG